AUGGGCGCGAAGCGGAUUUACGAGAAAACCACAUACUACUCGCAUGCCUCAUCAGUAAUACCCACCGCCACACCAGGACGUUUUCGUCACUUAAUAUUCAACUUGCGAGAAAAAUUGAAUCACUUAAUUAUUCCAUUCAGAAUUCAGAGUGAAUGUUUGACGGUAUUCUGUAACGCUGGAUGUUUGCUCAGUUUUCACAAAAUUCUGAUCAGUAACUCAAGGGCCGUCCCUCAAGAUGCAACUGGUGCGCUGGACGAAUCCGUCCGUAAUGUUGUGUUGGACAUCUCCGAUAUCUUAGCAGACUCAAAUCAUUCCUUGUUCAAAUCCAAGCAAGUGCUACAAAGCGACUCUACAAAUUUAGCAAUAGAUCUCCGUUUUCAAGAGACGCAAAGCGAACUUACAAGAAGAAAAUAUACUACCUGCAUGCCUCCCCAUCAGUAG